CGCGCUCAUUCUAUGGGCUCGUGAGCGCGGAAUCUAUAGACUGCGACACUGACGGGAAACGCAUCUCGCGCUUCCGGGAAGCGGCGGUGCAGAAUCAUGGCGACCGUCUCUGUGUGUCAGUACAAUCCCUGCGGUUUCAGUUUCGAGAACUGUAAGAGAAAUGCUCUUCUGGAAGCAGACAUCAGUAAGCUUGGAUUGAAUGUCCCAGCUGCUCGCAAAACUGGCACAACCAUCUGUGGUGUUGUUUAUAAGGAUGGUGUUGUUUUGGGUGCAGACACGCGGGCGACUGAAGGAAUGAUCGUGGCUGAUAAGAAUUGCUCUAAGAUUCACUACAUCUCUCCCAAUAUCUAUUGUUGUGGAGCCGGUACCGCAGCGGACACAGAGAUGACCACACAGAUAAUCUCCUCUAACCUGGAGCUCCACGCUCUGUCCACUAGCCGUCUCCCUCGAGUCGCCACCGCCAACCGCAUGCUUAAACAGAUGCUAUUCAGGUAUCAGGGGUAUAUCGGUGCUGCUUUAGUACUUGGAGGCGUGGACUGCAAUGGCCCACAUUUAUACAGCAUCUAUCCUCACGGUUCAACAGACAAACUGCCCUACGUCACCAUGGGUUCAGGAUCUCUGGCAGCCAUGGCAGUCUUUGAGGAUCGCUACAGACCUGACAUGGAGGAGGAAGAGGCCAAGAGUCUAGUGCGAGAUGCGAUAGCGGCCGGUAUCUUCAAUGAUCUGGGCUCAGGCAGCAACAUCGAUCUGUGUGUGAUCACCAAAGGGAAGGUGGAUUACCUGAGACCUCAUGAUGUGGCUAAUAAGAAAGGCGUCAGAACCGGAAGCUACCGGUACAAGCGUGGCACCACCGGGGUUCUGACGAAGACCGUGACUCCAAUAAAUCUGGAAGUUGUCGAGGAGAGCAUUCAGACCAUGGAUACCUCCUGAGAAGAUCAGUCACCACAAUUUCUUCCCCUUAAACGUUUUCCUUAUGUGGUGAUAUAGUAAUUUUGCAUUAUUUCCAAUAAAAGAAAUUGCGUCAUA